AUGGCUAUGCAACCACUUUACCUUAAAGAACAUGAAGGAAUUGUCCAUAAUUCUGUUGGACAGUAUUCGUCUGCGAAUUCAGCUCCAUGGUGGAGUAGUAAUGCCUAUGGAUCUCAAUCUGUUUAUGGAGUAGGAGAUUCUUGUGGACAAAUCAAACCCUUUUCACUCGAACUUUCAAACUACAUGGAUCAACUUGCUCCAACUCCAACUAAGAACUUAGUCAGAGGAGUUGAACAAUUGUUUGAUAAAGGACAUACAAACCAAUUUACCAUCUUUCCAGAUGACUGUAAGAUGUCACUUGAUGCACAAAAUCAUCAGGCAACCUUGUCACUGCAAUCAUCAUAUGCUGUUGCGGAGCCGUAUAAUCGUUUCGAGCUAGGGUUUAACCAGCCUAUGAUCUGUACAAAAUAUCCUUAUAUGGAUCAAUUUUACGGGCUCUUCUCGACUUAUGGACCUCAAAUUUCGGGACGUAUAAUGCUUCCGCUUAGCAUGACAUCUGACGACGGACCAACUUACGUGAAUGCAAAGCAGUACAAUGGAAUCAUCAGACGCCGUCAAUCCCGUGCCAAGGCUGUGCAGCAGAAUAAACUGAUCAAACGUAGCAAGCCAUAUAUGCACGAAUCGCGUCAUUUGCACGCAAUGCGGAGGCCAAGAGGAUGCGGUGGUCGCUUCUUGAACACAAAAGUUUCUGCAAAUGGGAACGGGAAAAGCGGGGGCGGGGGCGGAGCAUACAAAGAAAACGGUGGCCUAAAACUGCUGUCAAGUGCUUCGCAGAGUUCUGAAGUCGUACAAUCCGAGGUUGGAACUUUGAAUUCGUUGAAGGAAACAAACGGAGGCAGUCCAAAUGUCUCGGGGUCAGAAGUGACUAGCACGUAUUCACAGGGAGGUCUUGAUAGCUUUACUGUCAACCAUAUCGCUUCUUCAGUCCACUCUUUGGGAGACAUGAUCGAUACUGAACACGGUAUCAUCAUGCCAACAAAAUGGUUUGCAACAGCUGUCACUAGCAGACAGCUGUUGCAACCUUAA